AGUCCAUUAAAAAGUUGGGAACAGAGGUAGGUAAGAGAGAGUUUUGCCCCAUGUUGGAUACAAUCUGGUCUACAUUUUGGCAGAUAUUAGGAUGCUAAUGGAGAAAUACAAACAAGAAAUUGCCUAAAGGAUGCAGAGCUCAUGGAUUUCUUCUUUUUACAAGGGCAUCCAGGAAACUCAAAUCAACAGAAUCAUAAUGACCACCAGCAUGGUAAAGACUGGAAAAGAUCAGGCCUCUCUGCACUCCAACACUGUCUAUUCACCAGAGACACAGAAACGCAGGGACAUAUUAUAACAGCAAUAGACGGAUUUACAAGCUGCACUUCUCUGUGUUUGUGGCGUUAACUGUUGACCAAAGACUCUACAGAUGCGGCUGUGUGCAUGUCCUCCAUCAUGGACAAUGUGACCCCGGAGAGCCUCCCAGGUGACAUGGGCCUGGUGGACUACAACUAUCUGGCCCUGAUCUUGGGGGUGCCUCUCAUAUUGAUCAUAAUCCUGGGAAACAUCCUGGUGUGUCUGAGUGUGCUCACAGAGCGCUCCCUCAAAACUGCCACCAACUACUUCAUAUUCAGUCUGGCCAUAGCCGACCUGCUGCUGGCUGUGCUGGUGCUGCCCCUCUACGUCUACUCCGAGUUCAUGGGAGGAAUAUGGACACUGAGCACUUCCAUUUGCGACUUGCUGAUGACGAUGGAUGUAAUGCUGUGUACUGCCUCCAUCCUCAACCUGUGCGCCAUCAGUGUGGACAGGUACAUUGCAGUGGUGGUGCCUCUCAAGUACAACAGAAACCAGUUCAGCGUGCGGCAGCUGGCCCUCAUAACUGCCACUUGGGUUUUGUCUCUGGGUGUGGCUAGUCCCGUCAUCUUCGGUCUGAACCAGGUUCCUGGACGUGAUCCCAGUGUGUGUAAACUGGAGGAUGAUCGUUUCGUGGUCUACUCCUCCAUCUGCUCCUUCUUUGUGCCUUGUCCUGUCAUGCUCUUCUUAUAUUACUGGAUGUUUCGUGGGCUGAAGCGUUGGAGUGGGCGCUCACGGUCUCAAGCUGGACGGGAUAAUCGCCAUACUCUCUCCUUACACUUAAACUCCGCCCUCCGCCGCGCAAAAGCCACAACAACAGGAAAUCAAGAAAAGGUUGUGUAUGCAGUGGCACCUGGUCUGAGCCCAACUUCCCCUUCCACUAUUUCCCAGAUUACUCCCUCGGUUACCCCGGUGACUGAUGAGCAGGAUGUGGAGGCAGUGGUGAUGGAGAGUGACCCCAUGACAAUGCAGAAUGACAGUGUGUCGGAUGCAGACCUGACAGAGAGGAGGGACGGCAGCCAGCAAGGAAAAUACUCCUCCAAAAGCAGUGCAGUGAAAAGAGGCAGAAGAAACAGCAAGAGCAGCAGAGUGAGCGGACGUGAGCGCAAAGCCAUGAAGGUCCUGCCAGUGGUAGUAGGUGUGUUCCUGGCCUGCUGGACUCCAUUCUUCGUAGUUCACGUCACUAAUGUGUUGUGUCAGUCCUGCCACAUCGGGCCCACCCUGAUUUCAGUGGUAACAUGGCUGGGUUAUGUCAACAGCGCAGUGAACCCCAUCAUCUACACAGUGUUCAACCCCGAGUUCAGAAACGUCUUUCACAAACUGCUUUGCUGCCAGACAUGAGACUCAGUCCAUGUGUCUCAUUGUCCUUGGAGUGUUUAUGGUUUUUAGAGACUUACGAAAAUGAAGCCUUUUGUCAAAGAUUAAAUUUGUUUUUAUUGAAACUACUACAGUCUUCUAUGGUGUCCUCUUGGCCCAGAAGCAUAAAAUGUGAUCAUGUGCGAACCAUGGACUGAGUUUAAUUCAGUGUGCAAAUUAAUAAUACUAUGAAAUAUUUGUUGCAAACUGGGCACUGUAUUAUUAAAAGUAUAUGUUAUUAUUUGUAAAGUGAAGUAAUCAAAUCAUCUUCAACAAAUUGUUCAAAAAUAAAUACAUAAUAAUAAUGUAUG